AUGGUGGCUGGGUUCUACAUACAAUUGUCGAAAACAAAAUCAUGCCUGUUCAGUUUUGAUGAAGAUAUUCCCCUAGCUGAGGUUGCAAGUCAAAGUCCAACCUCGUCCCUCCCCUCAAGCAGGCCUGCUACAAAGCGAGAGAGGUCCCCAAGCCCCUUUGCCGCGUCUGAGAGCCCUAGCCUGGAUAAGGAGGUCCCCAAGGUGUUGGAUGCGAAGAAUUUGCCAAAGGGAGAGAAAGCAAAGAUUGCUCGUGUUGUUUGCCCGAAGUCCGGGUCCGGCAACCUCGAAGUGCCGGAGUCCAUCUUUGAGAUGUGGCAGGAUGUCAAGAAGGGCCGACAGGAGGUGUUCUCCAUGUGGGCGAAAAGCGGCGGCGCCGUCUUUAUGCAGACUGUGGAGAUCUUCUGCAAGCGCACGAGAGCACGCAAGAUUGAGAUUAAAGGUGGAUUCUACAGCCGCGAAGACAUGCGCAAGGAGCUUGGCUACUCUGAGACCCGCGUCGAGAAGAUCGUCAAGUGGGCGGAGUCCAAGAACCUGGUGCGGCAUCUUGGUGAAAGGGGUGAGGGUGGAACUCAGCUAGAGCAUGUUCCGCUUGUCGACCUCAACGAGAUGAACCUUGAUCCCAACGAUGACUUCAUUCACCGCGGCACGAACGAUGUGGAAGGCGAUUCUGCGAAGAGUGUUGGUACGCAGGUUACUGCCUACUUGAGGGAGACCUUGAAGGCCAAGAACGCUCUGUCUACCUUUACCGAGAAGCCGCUUCGCAAGUUGGAUGGCAUGGUGAAGGAGUUUGAGAAUCUGUACGAUGAGCUUGCGGAAGCCAAAGCGGAGGGGAAGAUCACUGGACUUCCUGAGAAGCUACUAAGGUUGUCCAAUGAAUGCCAAAACUUGUUCAAGAAAGCUCAGAAGCUGCAAUCCCUUACGCAGCUUCGCAAGAAGGCAAAGCAUGCGGAGUCUGAGAGCAAGGACUGUGGAGACAGCAUUGUGCCCAAUGUGAGCGAACAAGCAUUCCUGAUUGUGAAGAAAUAUGCCAAAGGCAUGCGGAAGCUAGACAUCUACCCAUGGAGUGACUCCGACGAAGAUGCUUCUUUGUCUACCUGCUCAUCCGCUGGGCGCCUUGUGGAGAGUACGCCCGUCGGUGCAGAUAUCACACGUGGCCUCAGCAUACGGACGGUUCCGGAAACGCAUACCGCUUGCAAGAUUUUGUGGCAUUGCAUACGCGAAAUCAACCAAAUUCGAGAACAAUGUGGUGGCCUGAAGCUGUGUAUCUUCAAGAUUGGGCUGACGUCCAACCCGCUUCAAAGACGCGAUAGCUACUUGCUACAAAACUUCAAGGAGUUCAUUAUCAUCCACAAGGUGAGCCGAGUAGAUCUCCUUGGUAUGCUGGAAAUGCUAGAAGCUGCCCUUAUUGCUGAAUUCUAUGAUGACCAGCGGUGCUGCCGGAACAAACAACUUGGGGGUGAGAGCAUGCGAGACAAGUUCUUCAAUCCACGCUUUCCUCCUCCUUAUUUUGCCUACUGCGCGGCUACAAAUGUCCCAGCCAAAGACCUCGUGGAAGAUGCGAAGGCCGCCAGCCGCAAAGAUCCUUGCGCAGUUUUGGAGAAAAUUGCAGGCGUCAAAGCUUCUAGCGCGGAUGCACCUCUUUAUGCUGUGCUUCGUGAAUCAGGGCUUCUGAGUGGCAUCAAUAUUCGUACUACGAGGGUGGGCAACACUUUGCGUUAUCCAUAUUUGGAGCCCCGAGAAUUUUUGGAACUCUUGGGUGCGAAAGGUUUCUUUCAUCGGGUAUCGGGAUUGCCAGUCGACGAUGCCAAGGCAGGGCUUGAGCAAUUCUGGGCACACCAUAGAUUGAUUUUUCCGGACCAUCCCAUCUACAACCAGUACAUGGAUCUUUGCAAAGUCAUACCCUAUUAUUUGCAUGGAGAUGGUGGACGGGGAUUCAAAAAAGAGGCAAUUGAAAUCUUUUCCAUGUUUCCUUGUUUGGGAUCUGGCACGCGGCUGAAGCCAGUUGACCUCAACCGCAAGCGAAAAAACAACGAGCAGCCUGUACUGGGUAUCAACAUGAUGGGCAACUCCGGCUCCACGCGUUUUCUCUUCAGUGUGAUCAGCAGCCAAAUUGGAAAACUGGACUCUGGCGCGUUUGAUUCCCUUAUGCACCUUUGGGGCCAAAAACUACAGUCGCUACUUUCCGAUGGGUUCGAAAUGAAUGGCGAGACAUGGCGCGUUUGUGUCCUAGGAUUUACAGGUGACUCUCCUUUUGUGAAAAAAGUUGGUCAUUUAGAUCGGACCUUCAACAAUGUGCGGAAAACUCACAGCUCCACGAGAGAUCAGAAAGGCUGUUGCUGGCUUUGUCAGGCCGGCAAGGAAACAUCCGCGGAGAACUACCCGUUCGAACAUCUCGGCUACACAGACCCGUCUUGGAUUGCCACUCAGGGGAUCAACAAUAUUCCGCUGCCUUGGCCUGCAGCGUCUGGACCUGGGCCCCUGCUUCACUACAUACUGAUUCCUGAAGAUGAUUUGCCGGCAUUUUUCCGCCCAGAUCUUUUUCAUGUGUUUCAUGCUGGUGUCGGCAAAGAUUUUAUUGGAAGCUCCCUCGUGUACAUCAUGAAACAAGUUUUCAAUCUCAAAUCCUUCCCGAAGAACCUUGAGCACCUGAAUUCUUUCCUUCACACGUUUCUUCAAGAUUGCCAUGUGACUUUACACCUUGGGCGCAAUCUGACUGAAGAUACUCUUGGGUAUUCUGGAACGCGAGAAUAUCCCGAAGGCCAUUGGAGCAAGAACAUGGACACAGCAUCGCUGAUGCGCUUUAUCAUUUGGCUCUUGCAGCUCCCUGCCCAUCAUGAGCAUGUACGACGUGAUAGCAUGUUGUCUCAGAUCCUGCUGGCAGCGCUCGCGAUGGGCAACGCCAUGAAAAAAAUGUUGACAUCAGACUAUUUUACGGCUUCAGACGAUUGCUUGUUCGUCAUCAAAGCAGGACACACUUUCCUUUCAGGUUACCAAACGCUGGCGACCAUGAGCUAUGACAUGCAGCUAUGUCUUUUCAAAUACCGUCCCAAAAUCCACUACCUGAACCAUGUAUUCUUAACCGUGAAGGAUCAAUGGCUGUCAGCUGGUACCGCCAUUAACCCCUGUGCUGAAGCGACCUUCAUGUCCGAAGACUUUGUUGGGCAAACGGCACGUUUGUCCAGAAGGGUCAACCCGAGAGCUGUUGCCGUGAAGACUCUUCAACGUUAUGACGCAUGGGUUCAGACACUGCUAGACAAAGAAGAAAUUUUCUCCCUGGACCUCUCGUGGCUCUGA